AUGUCACAUUCAUUCAUCUACAGCCCUCUCGACGAGGCCUUACCACCGCUCUUUGAGCAGGCCGACGAUAAGUUUCAGUUUGAACAAAUCCGCGACUUUGACGACGAAAGGUGGAGCGCUCGGUGCGCUAGUGUUGUGCGCGACGAUCUUAUCAGCCAGGCGCCUACAACAAUCAGCAUCCAGGCUGACCAAGAAGCUGCCUGUGCUAGUUCGCGGGAAAGCUUGGAAGAGGAGAGACCGUUGUCUGCUGGUCUCAGUGCCCGAUGCGGACACUCAACUGAGACACUUUCGCUGCGGCGUCCACAGCGCUCCGACAAGGGCCAGACUCGACCCACACAAGCCUUCCAUCGUGCAUCCAAGGUCACCGUGCAACAAGCGCCGGGCAAGCACAAUGAGCAGCAGCAGGCGCUUCAUCUGCAGGGGAACCACGGCAACUCGAUUUUCUCAAGAAGAGCCUCGACGCCUGCUCAAUCGAGUCUCCCCAAUCCAUCAUUGCACUCAGUCAGGCAUACUUCUAGCAAGCAGCAGCAGCAGCAGCAAGCUCCCUCAUCGCUCCGUCAGAAGCACAAGGCCAAGACUACAGCAUCUAGACCACAGAGUGUCACCAUGGAGUUUUCACAAAGCUACCAAGGCAACGGCUAUGUAGGCCACUCACAACAGCUCAUGAGCCCAGCCUCCAUUUCCGACGACGCAGACUCAACUGGCUUCUGGUCCGUCGCCGCUUCACCCAUGUAUCCGACCUUCUCCCGCGACCACUUCCCGAGCCCCGUUACUGCAAAGAUGCAGCGCUCUCAAUCCACGCCGUAUGCCAACGGCGCCUAUUCGCAGUCACUACCUGGUGAUUUCUUUGACAACUAUGGCCUUGGCCAAAUGGAUGAGCUCUGCGAAGAUCCGCUUCAACACCUUGCAACGGCGAACAACAGCUUUUUGGGGUCAGAGACCGGUUAUAUCAUGCCCAGAGGUCGGGCCUCUGGCUACCGUCAUCAGUCUGAGAGUGGCCAAGGUGGUCAACACCCUAGUCACUACAUGCAACAGUCAAGUCACUUGGCGAGACCUGCGGGCGUGAUGCAACGCAAGCGCAAGCCAGCGGCGCUCAACACCAACCUCGCGCCUAGCGCUUUUCCAGCAAGCUGCCGGACUGCUCCACUCGAGCGACCUGUUGUGCGUCCUGACUUUUCAUCAAAGCGCUCCUUUGAGGAGUAUGAGAGCAUCAUCUCCUUUGAAGCGUCACCCAUCACACAGCAAGUCUCCACCCCUGUGAGCAAGCGCUCGCGAUCAGCAUUCAACACACCGGGCAGCAACACGAGCGCCGAUUACUACGAGGACAGUUCAAGUUUAUCACCGGAGCUACUAUGGAUGCCAGCCUGUGAGCCUACUGAUGUACAAGGCUUGGGUCUUGCUGGACAGCUCAAUCCGUACAUCGUUUCACCAAGAUUGCAGGGAGACUUUUUGACUUCGCCAAGCUUGGAUGCUGCAUUUGUGUCACCAGACUACUUACACAAUGGCUUUGCCAUGCCUCAAGCACCCAUAUCACCUAGCCAUACCUCAAACGGCAAGCAACGCUUUGUGCAUGCGCCACAAGUGCCUUCAUCACCCACCAACUCGCGGCAUACAUUUGAGAGUCCUCAACGGCCUCGCACAGUACCUUACAGUGUUCAAGGUAGCCCACUCUCUACAAAGCGCAGUGGCAAUCGUCGUGACUCAUUCCCAUCUGCACGAGGUGGCAUCCCUGCUGGUGCGGCCAAGGAGCUCUCUUUCCGCAACUUCACUGCAAAGGACAAGAGAAUCAUUCUCUCUGGCGUGGCACCGAGUGGCUCAGCAAAGAAGCCAGUAUCAGCGAAGGAGUCUGAGAAUGCUUCCGUCAAGGCGGAAGCUUGA